UUUUCAGCAACACCUGCUCCUUUCGUAUAAUGGGAAAAUUUUACAGCAAGUGCUCAAGAAAGGAUGACCAGAAAUCAGAGAAGACUGUCUGCUAAUUCUGCUACAAGCUCACCUACUCUGGAACUGCAAUCCUUUUUAAUAAUGUCUCAUAAUUGCUUUAUCGAAAGCCAUUCAAAAUCAGAGAGCUAUGCUUUGUUUACUGUAAACCAACCUGAAUAGCAAAAACGAAAAUGUUUCAAUUUGAUUGUAAACUCUAAAAACAAAGACAACUGGAGAAGAACAGAAGAUAAAACUGGACAACAACAAGAUGCUGCUCCCUGUCAUACCUUAAAAAUCAUGAUGUUUUUAGUCAACUUGAGAUAAAAAAGCUAAAUUAACUUCAAGCAAUGUUCAAAUAAUCAAAGAAGCGAGAACUGACUACUGUGUGUUUAAUUAACUUGUCACUUUGCAAAGGUGACAAGUUGUCUAAGCUGUGGAAUCUGAAGCUUUGUAUUUUUGGACAUAUCUUAUGGUUUGUUGGCUGCAGAGACACUACAUGUUCAGAUGAAUGCUCAGGUGCUAUGCUGAGGGGGUCAAGUUUUGCUCCAGCCCCGUCAGGCCACAAGUGGCAUUUUCACUGGUCUAUUGGAGUGGACUGUAGUAAUGCUGAACCUCAAUGCAUUUGGCUAGCUGUUCUGAGGGGUGUCAGCAAUCCCAUCUCGCCCUGUACAGCAGCAAUCACACCAACGAGAAGAACCAGUUCUAAGAUCAUAAAUCACCAACACUUGUCUUGGGCUAAAAGCUGGAACAAUGAUAAAAACAGAUACAAUCAACUGCCAUCCGCUGAGAUGGAGUCCAUAUCAUCAAAGGGCCCACAGACUAUUGUUCUCCAAAAGAACUCACAGGGUUUUGGCUUCACUUUGCGGCACUUCAUUGUGUACCCACCAGAGUCAACCUUCCACAGCCUCAAGGAAGAAGAAAAUGGUAAUAUACCAGGAAAAGUGGAGUGUCAGCGAUCUUGCUUGGAGCCAAUGGAUACCAUUUUUGUGAAGAGUGUGAAAGAAAAUGGCCCUGCUCAACAAGCUGGACUGUGUACUGGAGACCGACUAGUAAAGGUUAACAGGGAAAGCAUUCUGGGGAAAACCUACUCUGAGGUUAUCACACUCAUCCAAAACAGUGAGAACCUUUUGGAGCUCACAAUUAUGCCAAAAACCGAGGAUGUGUUACAGCUGGUAAGUGUAUACUCCCACAAUGUCAACUCAAAAGGCAGUACACUGUACUUAGGUGAGGCCCAGAAGCUAACAGAACCUCCACAUCUCUGUACUACUGCCACCACUGCAAGUUCCACUCUGCGACAGCCCACUUCCAGCCCUCCUGGUCAUUUGGACAACUGGCCCUGCAGAGGCAGCAGUACUGUUUCACCACUGGACAACCAGAUUCCGGCUACCUCCAGGUCUGGCCAACCACGAGCUCCAGAGGACUCCAGCAGUAAUUUUGCUCCACUAUGGCGGCACCAGGGCCGUGCUUCUGCAGCCCUUGAUGUGUUUGACUUCCAUUUCUCUAACCACAAUGCUGCCAUCACCUCUGCAACGCUGCCUCCUCCUCCUCCUCCUCCUCGGAGGAGGAGGAGCAGCCAGCUUGCCACUUCCUGCACUCACAGUGAUGCACUCUGCCACCUGGCUUUGUCAGACUGGUACUACAGCCAAGCACAGGCCACAGAACACUCCCCCCCCCACUAUUGCAGUAUAUCUCAGGACUAUUUUGCAGAGUCAGAGUUGUGUUCAACACCCAGUCCCGGAACUAGAUCUGGUCUCACAACCUCCGCAGAUCACCACAGAAAAGAAAGCUUCCUUCAUCACUACCGAGCAGCAGCUGCUGUGCAUGAAUCUUCCUGGCUGAGGGUCUAUGGUAGUGGAUCAAGGGCUGCUACAAAAUCCUGCUCAGAAAGUCUACAGGCAGCUUAUGCUGAAUACGAGCACAAUUAUGGACGCUCUGUGGAAACACUGGCAGAGGCUACUGCUCUGGUCUCACAAAAUUAUGAACAGGCUUUGCCAAAUUCCAGUAUCACUAAUAAAAGAGAGCAAAGGAGCAAGAAAACUCCAGGAGGACGUGAGCACAAAACUGCAGUCACAACAAUCACAGCUUCACCCAUGGUGUCGCUCAGCCACAUACAAUUAGGUCGGCAGGUGGCUGAGCCCCAAAAAAGGAGACUUGAAGAACAGGAACUAGUGGGGUAUAAAAGCUCCAGCCCCUCUUUUUACCACAAAGAGGGACAUCUCCCCCAGCAGGCCAACUCCUUCAGAGAGCACAUAAGCCCUCAACUCUACUGGGGACAAGGCGCUAGAAGAGACAAUGAUGAGGGCACAUUGUUCUGUCUCCAGUCAACUCCCAUCCCGAUGUCUCCAGAGGAGAAGAUGAACCAGCCAAGAGAGAACAGAGAGGUCAUUACCUCUGUGUUCCCAUUUACCCAUCAGCUUUCCAUUCCAGCUGAUUCCACACCUACUGAAACCCUGGUACCAUCUGGUUGGACUCCCGCAGCUGAAACAAUUCCUAUCUCUCAAGAAAUGGGGUCUAGCUGCAGGGUUAAUGGUAGCUUGGCCCAUACCUUUAAUUCCCUCUCCUCCAUUCCUUUCAUAGGAAGCAUUAAAAGUCGCCGCUCUUCUUACCUGCUGGCCAUCACCACUGAACGAUCCAAGUCCUGCGAUGAGGGACUUAACACUUAUAGGGAGGAGAGCAGUGUCUUCUCUAAAUUACCAAAAAGAGUCAAGAGCUUUUUCACUGAUGGGUCUUUGGACAGUUUGAGAGCCCAGGAGGAUGCCCCUUCGAAGCGCCACUCCACAUCAGAGCUGGGUACAGUUACCUUUAGUCAAGUUCACAAGGAGGGCUGGCUGUACCACAAACAGAUCCUCACAGAGAAGGGGAAGAAGGUAGGAGGGAGCAUGCGGCCUUGGAAACGUGCCUUUAGUGUGCUCCACCACCACUCACUCUUCCUUUAUAAAGACAAACGGGAAGCCGUGCUACGUGGUUCAGAAGCAGGGAGCAGCCAUGACGAACAUCCACCAGUCAAUAUCCGGGGCUGCCUAAUUGACAUUGCCUACAGUGAAACCAAACGAAAGCACACCCUGAGGCUAACCACACAGGACUUCUGUGAGUACCUGCUGCAGGCUGAAGACCGGAACGACAUGCUGUCUUGGAUCAGGGUCAUCAGAGAGAACAGCAAAACAGAUAAUGAGGAGAUUGGAUUCUCGAGACAAGCUCUCAUCAACAAGAAGCUGAAUGACUACAGGAAACACAGCCUGACAGGUACCAAGCUGGAAUCCUCCACCAGAACCCAUCGAUUGGUACCUGACUUCCUUCAGGCUAAAUCAGGCAACACAUCAGUGGGCCGAGCCUCUAGAAAUGAUGACUACAAGGCACUGUGGGGUAUCAACCUCAUGAAGAAAACAAAGAAAACAGACUGUCCCAAAGCUUUUGGGGUGAGACUGGAAGACUGUCAGCCUGCUGUUAACUAUAAAUUUGUCCCCCUGAUUGUUGAGAUGUGCUGCAAUGUGGUGGAAAACACAGGUUUGGAGUACACUGGGAUCUAUCGUGUGCCUGGGAACAAUGCUAUGGUGUCAAGUCUGCAGGAGCACCUCAGCAAGGGCAUGGACAUCAACACUGCUGAGGAGAGAUGGCAAGAUCUCAAUGUCAUCAGCAGUCUGCUUAAAUCAUUCCUUCGAAAGCUGCCAGAGCCUCUGUUCACAGACGACAAAUAUAACGACUUCAUUGAUGCCAACCGAAUAGAAGAUGCAGAAGACAGAUUAAAGACCAUGAAAAAGCUGAUCUGUGACCUCCCAGAUUAUUAUUACCACACCCUCAAGUUCCUGGUGGGUCACCUGAAAAGGGUAGCAGACCACUCUGAGAAGAACAAGAUGGAGCCAAGAAACCUAGCGUUGGUGUUUGGUCCCACUCUGGUGAGGACUUCAGAGGACAAUAUGACUGACAUGGUCACCCACAUGCCUGACCGUUAUAAAAUAGUGGAGACACUAAUCCUUCAUCAUGACUGGUUCUUCUGUGAUGGUAAGUUGGAUCAGGAAGAGAAGGCCCCUGAGGAUAAGGGGGACAUACAACCUGUCCCUAACAUCGAUCAUCUGCUGUCAAACAUUGGCAGGCCAGGCAUGCCUGGGGAGGCAUCAGAUUCCACCACUAGCAAUUCAGUUAAACCGAAGAUGUCUUCCAGCUCCAAGAAAGACCUGAAUUCCAGGAACUUCCUUUCCAAGUCUAUCAUCUCUGAUGUCACCCGCAAACGUAAAAAAUGCCUAAGCACCCAUCUACAAGUUAGCAGCAGUGAGGAGGAAUCCGGGGAUGUUGUCAAGGACACAAGCUAUAGAGUGGGGAAUGCAGGACAAACACAGGAGCCAGCUCAAGAGGAACAUGCCUGUUCAAAAAAAGAAAAGAGACAGGGAGAGGAACAUGAAGUGACCUCUACAGAGGGAAAAGGAGGAGAAGAGGAGAUAGAAAAACCUGUGAGGAAGGGGGAUAACAGAGAGAUCUGGAAAGGAAGCAGUUGUGUCUGUUAUCCUCAGCAGAACAAUCCCACUUACCCCAAACCCCCAGCAGCAAUAAGCCCUCCCUCAGACAUGAAGGUUGAGCUUGGAGCCAAAAAACGCCCCAACAUUCCCUUCUGGAUUGCUCCCAGUCGGCUUCCCACCAUGCAAAUAUCCAGUUGCUAUGGCACCCAACAGCUGGACCAAACCCAGGUUGUUUCACUCCGCUGCAGAAAAAACAGAGGUAGUAGGAUAAGGGCAAACUCCAUUAAUCUGGAGCUUGGCCGGUGUGAGGAUAUAGUUAGGGGUCAGAGGGCAGACAGAGGUGGAGAAGUACUUGCAGUCCCGUGUGGAUAUAUACAUCAGGGCUUGGUUGUAGAUGCGGGCUCAGCUAAAAAUAUAGAUCCCCUUCCUAUCUUCCCUUCUCCUUCUGGAUGGAUAGAUAAAAGUUCCCAGAGAUCUGACUCUGUGGUCUUAAGAAGAUCAGCUCGAGAUUCUCAAGCCAAGACAAGAGUGUUGCGUCGCCACACUGUUGUCAUAUAAGCCAUUUUAUAAUUCUACUAAAGCAGAAGCAAGAACCUAAAGUUUACUCACUAAGAUUUGUUUGUCUGUUAAACCAGGGUGGUGCACCCUCUUUAUACCGUACAGAUCCGAAUUUAUGGCAACAUAAUCCAGACUCUUAUCAGAUGUUAAAGUUAUGUACAUUUAACAUAGGAACCCAAUUAGGUCUUCAAUUAUUUAUCAAAAAUUAUACCAUAAGGCUAAUUGUGUGUGAAAAACAACAUCUAUACAUCCUCCUCCCAUAGGAAUGACGAAGGUAAUUAGAUAAACCACAGCUGCCGAUCGAAUGCAAUAAUGAACUGGCCAUCAGUGGAGUGUAACAAUUCUUUAAAGCAGGAGUUUGUUGAUGUGGGGAAUUCAGGUCAGUUUAUACAACACCAACAACGGGGGGAAAUGUUUGUGAUUUUAACUGCUCGUCCAUUUGGGAAAUGUUACAGGGGAGGCAGAUCACCUUUAGAUAAUUAGAUUUUAGGUUUGCAUAAAAAUAAAUUAACAAGCUCCAUUUUUUUCUACUUUGGUUUUAAUAUGGGAGGAAAAAACAUCAGUCCUCCAUUCCAGCCCUAUUUCUUAUCGGGGGAUAGGGGAAAGAGUUUUCAAAGGAUGACAGUAGCAAAAUGGUAGAUCAGGACACAGCUGAAAGCUUGGUCUAAAGGACCAAGAUUAUUUAGAAUUGGAAUGAAGUCCUGCUUGAUUGAGAUCUCCAUAUAAGAUCUUGUUUUGGGGGCAUGGCCAUCUAGACUGUUAGGAUUCAGCCAAAAUUGCAGAGAAGCAUCUUGAUGAUCAGAAGGUAGUAGGGACCAUAUGUAUCAAGACAACACUUGGCGCCACAGUGCAGAUUAAUGGAUUUAGAUCUUUCAGUCUGUUCACGAAGAUGGGACAUGUACUAACCUAAGUUUGUCAGUGAAUAUCAAUGUACUGUUCCAGCACAUUAGGCAAUAACAUGGUGGAACUGCUCUUCUUCUAAGGUCACAGGCCAACUUUACUUGGUUGAGGCGUACCUGGACAGGGCUUAGUUUUGGACACAAACAUUUCUCUGCCAAAACACUAUAGAUGGGUCAAUGAUUGGGCUGAUAAUAACCCAUAAAUUGACAGCAACAGGAUAACAGCUAACUGAGAUGUAAUGAGUGAGCAAGCCAGUUUCCAGACUUAAAGAACUGCAGAAAAUCUGUAAGCAAUGCUGAAGUUUUGCAUGUAACGAGGAGUGUGCCAACACCCCCCUCCCAAAAUGAGUGAAUCGCUGCUCAGUGACUGUAGGGUCAACCUUGGAUUGGCCUGUUAAUGUGAACAUUUUACAGGUGCUCACCUGGUUAUGUAGGGGAGUGCUGGCCUAGUGGUUAGAGCAGUGCACUUGCACUCAGAGAAGGAUGCAAAUACAGGGAACCCCAGUGCCCGCACUCUGGUUCCCUGAGCAAGACCCUUAACCCCAGAACGCUCCCCGGGCACCGCACAGUGGCAGCCCACUGCUCCCCUAGGGGAU